UAUUAACCUAGGUAGCACCUAAAUCCCAUACAUCCCGGGGUCAGAGGGUUCCGAUUUUCCCUUCCCAAUCUUUGAAAACGCAGUGUUUGAGCAGAGCACCCACCAAAAACACCUUGCAAGUCCCAGAUUCAGGAAAGUUUAAUCAGAAAAAAGAAAUUCAGAAUAUCUGCAACGGCAAUGGCAGGGCGAUUAAGAUCGGGUCUUCCUCUCCUCCGCCGAGCUCUCACCGCUGGUAACAUCUCCUCCGCUCCGAAAGCCGUCGUUUGCCCUACUACCGAGUCCGCAAGGAGCUAUGCUAGUGCCGCUCCUGCAAAGGAGAAGAAGGUCAAGGUGCCUGUGACGAUGUUUGGGGUGUCUGGAAACUAUGCUUCAGCGUUAUAUAUCGCAGCAGUCAAAGCCAAUACGCUGGACAAGGUUGAAUCUGAGCUUCUUUCCCUAAUUGAGGCUUCAAAGAAAAGCCCUACAUUUUCUCAAUUCAUGAAGGAUCUGUCAGUUGAUGCGGACACAAGAGUGAAGGCUAUAACUGAUAUUUGUGGUCAAGCUAAAUUUUCUGAUAUCACAAGGAACUUCUUGGUUAUCGUUGCUGAAGCUGGAAGGCUGGGACACGUAGAACGUAUGGCUCAGAGAUUCUCUGAGCUGACCAUGGCACAUCGAGGGGAAGUUAAAGCGACAGUGACCACUGUGAUUGCUCUACCUCCAGAGGAGGAGAAAGAAUUGAAAGAAACAUUGCAGUACAUACUUGGACAAGGCAAGAAAGUUAAGGUUGAGCAGAAGAUUGAUCCUAGUAUUCUCGGCGGUCUUGUUGUCGAAUUUUCGCAGAAGGUAUUCGACAUGUCUAUACGCACAAGGGCAGCCCAGAUGGAGCGCUUCCUGCGUCAACCUUUGAACCCAGAUGGCAACUAAAUCAAUAAUACCUUUUCUGGUUAUUUCUCGUCAUUUUGCUCUAAGAAAUUAUCUAAAACACUAAUCUUUUGUUUUGGUUGCGAGGGGCUAGAUGCCCUUCUUUUAUGAUUAUUGAUGGCGUGCAAAUAAAAGCUACUCGUCUUUGCUGUUAGACCUCAUACCAACCCUGACUUGGAAUGAAAAAGACCUUUGUAUCUAUUUUGAAACAAUCAAUUUCAGGAAGUGGCAUUCUUCUCUUCUGUGAGUAUGCUAUUUAGACAA